UCGGCAGAGCUUUAUUUGUUAUAAUUAUAAAUAAUUUAAAUCGAUCACAUAGAUCGCUUCAUCAAACACAGAGUUUGUCUUCCGAAAGAGUACACACAAAUGAUUGCUGGUUCAUCUAUCUUUGUUAACCCUGACUUGAGUGUAUAUAGAUUAAUAAACCAAUCGUUGUUGUAAAGCAUUAGGUAGCAUAAAUUAUCGAUAUCGAUGUGCACAAAUAUUUUGUAAAUCAUCAAACAAGUAACCGAACAUGGGUCCACCUAAGCGUUUGAAAAAAGACACAGACCGUGGCAAAUGGAAAAAACGGAAAGACGACCCUGAUCCAGAUUACAAUGUUGACGAUGAUGAUAGUAACAUCGACGCCGAAGGUAUUCCUGAUGCUGCGAAAACAGAUGUCGAAAAACAAGAUGAAGGUGUCAUUGAAGAUGAGUUUGGAGCCAAGGAUUAUCGCUCACAAAUGAUUCUCAAAGCUGACAAUGCUUCAAGACCUCUAUGGGUGGCUCCCAAUGGACAUAUUUUCUUGGAAUCUUUCUCACCUGUUUACAAGCAUGCACAUGAUUUCCUCAUUGCCAUUGCAGAGCCUGUAUGCAGACCAGAACAUUUACACGAAUACAAGCUGACAGCUUAUUCUUUGUAUGCAGCUGUCAGUGUGGGACUACAAACACAUGACAUUACUGAAUAUUUGAAAAGACUGAGCAAAACUAGCAUUCCUGAUGGUAUUAUAGAAUUUAUCAAACUUUGUACCUUGUCAUAUGGAAAAGUAAAACUUGUUUUGAAACAUAACAAAUACUUUAUUGAAUCAACUUUUCCUGAAGUUUUACAAAAGUUACUGAAGGAUCCAGUUAUUCAAGAAUGUAGAUUAAGGAAAAAUGUGGGAGAUGAAGCCAAAGACAAAGAUGGCCUUAUCACUAAUGUGAUGACUAAAAACAAAGCCAUUCAGUUUGGAGCAAAACCAGCUCAAAAUCCUCCGCAAUCAGGCACAGCAGCACCUGGUGCUACUACUAUACCAGCAGAUGGCACAACUACAGUAAACUCUGAAGAGGCUGUAGUUCCAGAAGAUAUUUCUAAUUUUUAUGAUAAAAUCGAUAAAGAAGAUGAAGACGAGGAAGACCAUCAAUUGAAGACUGUUAGUUUUGAAGUAAACCAAGAAAAAAUUGAAGUAAUUCAAAAAAGAUGCAUCGAGUUGGAGCAUCCUCUAUUGGCAGAGUAUGAUUUCCGUAACGAUAGCGUUAAUCCAGACAUCAACAUUGACUUGAAACCGUCGACGUUAUUGAGGCCUUAUCAAGAGAAAAGCUUACGGAAAAUGUUUGGCAAUGGUCGUGCACGAUCUGGCGUAAUUGUAUUACCUUGUGGUGCCGGUAAAAGUUUAGUAGGCGUGACAGCCUGUUGUACAGUAAGAAAGCGAGCCUUAGUUUUAUGUAACUCUGGCGUCUCAGUAGAACAGUGGAAACAGCAAUUCAAGAUGUGGUCGACAGCCGACGAUUCUAUGAUUUGUAGAUUUACUAGUGAAGCCAAAGAUAAGCCUAUGGGCUGUGGAGUCUUAGUUACAACCUAUUCUAUGAUUACGCACACACAGAAAAGAUCAUGGGAGGCUGAGCAGACUAUGAAGUGGCUGCAGGAGCAGGAAUGGGGUAUCAUGGUUUUGGAUGAGGUACACACAAUUCCGGCAAAAAUGUUCAGAAGAGUAUUAACUCUCGUUCAGUCUCACUGCAAGUUGGGACUGACAGCUACCCUAUUAAGAGAGGAUGAUAAAAUUGCCGAUCUCAACUUCCUUAUCGGGCCAAAGCUUUACGAGGCAAAUUGGUUGGAGUUGCAAAAAAGAGGAUUUAUCGCUAAGGUACAGUGUGCCGAAGUUUGGUGUCCCAUGACUCCAGAAUUUUAUAGAGAAUAUUUAAGUAGCAAAAUGAGUAAGAAAAUGCUCUUAUACGUUAUGAACCCAAACAAAUUUCGUGCCUGUCAAUUUUUAAUACGUUACCACGAGAGGCGCGGUGAUAAGACUAUCGUUUUUUCGGACAACGUUUUCGCAUUGAGGCAUUACGCGAUAAAAAUGAACAAGCCCUAUAUUUACGGUCCUACUAGUCAGAGCGAAAGGAUACAAAUUUUACAAAACUUUAAAUACAACGUAAAAGUUAACACGAUAUUUGUGAGUAAAGUAGCCGAUACCUCUUUCGAUAUGCCAGAAGCUAACGUUUUGAUUCAAAUAUCGUCACACGGUGGUUCAAGAAGACAAGAAGCUCAACGAUUGGGACGUAUUCUGAGAGCUAAAAAAGGAGCGAUUGCCGAAGAGUACAAUGCGUUUUUCUACACGCUAGUGUCUCAAGACACAAAUGAGAUGGCUUAUUCGAGAAAGAGGCAGCGUUUCCUUGUCAAUCAGGGUUACGCGUAUAAAGUUAUCACGAGACUUGCUGGUAUAGAUGAGGAACCUGACAUGAUGUACAAAACACGAGAAGAGCAAGGACAACUAUUGCAACAGGUCCUAUCAGCCAGCGAUAUGGACGCGGAAGAGGAGAGAAUUCCCGGCGAAGGACCUCGAAACAUGGUUCGCAAGGCGGGCAACAUGGCAUCGCUGUCCGGAGCCGACGAUGCCGUUUACUACGAGUACAAGAAAUCCGCGUCUUCCUCAACAGCGAGCAAGCACCCGCUUUUCAAAAAAUUCAGAAGCUAGUUACCCGACGAAUGUUCGUAUUUUGUUUAUUUCUUCUAUAUUUUUGUUUGCCAACUUAACUCACGUGAAAAACGCAGGACGUGUAUAUUGAUAAUAAA